ACAAAACAUUGCUAGCUCCAUUCCCUCGAGACAUCAUCGGAACAGCCGCUUCUUGGAAAUGCCGUUUGAAAUUUACAUUCCAGAGAAUCUGACCUUCCAGGACUACAUUGCUGUUAUUCAAACAGCAAGGGUCUGGGCGGAUGGCUAUGAUAAAAAGAAUGAAGAGUUCCUCCUCGCCGCUCUAGCACCAGACGUUUCUGUUGACUACAGGAUGAUCGUGCCUGCAUGGGGAAUAAAGCACUACAAGGCAGGCGAGUUCGCGAAGCUUUGGCUCUCAGAGGAGCACCUAGGGCUUAAGCCACUAGUGACACAACACCUUCUGGCGCAGCCAUAUUUCAAGAAAGUUACCGCCGAUGAGAUUAUCGUAGAAUGGCAGCAACUAGCAAGUCAUGGGCGACUACAAGACCCUGGCGACGGUGCGAGGGAUGCGACUACUGAGAGAAUUAGCGAGACGAGUGAUGGGAGGAGCCACAUGGAGAAUAGGUUCGUCCGUAUUGAUGGUCUCUGGAAGAUCGCGACGAUUAAACCUUCUACGCUUUAUCACACUGGAGACUUUAUGCGUAUUAGGAGACCAGCGGGAGAACCAUAGGCUACAACAAUUGCAUCGUAGGGGCGACGCACAACUCUGC